AUGGACAAAUAUGUCGUGAAAUUACCAGGGCCUUCGACAGCAAGCAAUUGGCCGUCGAAAUCCAAGGGAAAAGGCCUAAAACAAGUCACAAUCAAAUCUCUCACGAGAGUUGUUGUUGUUGAUGAUAUCAAGAAAAUAAAGGAAAUCCUGGUUAACAAACAGACCUCAAAUGAAGAUUUAGCAAAAGCUUUGAAAGAGCUGGGUGAAAAGAUUCCGUCGAAAGAAAUCAUCAUGGAAACGAAAAUAGGUCAGAUUGUGAGGAAGCUAGUUCGGCAUGAUGAUGAGGACGUGGCGAAACAAGCCAAGGCAAUCUAUCAUAAGUGGAAGAACUUUUACGCAGAAAGAUCAAAGCUGAAGCCAAUUGAAGUCAAGUAUGAUGCAAAGACGGAAUCCUUGAGGAUAAAAGCUAGGAAGCAUUUAGCAAUUGCCUUGGGUGUUCAGGAAACUCAUAACCUUGUCACAGGAAUAGAGAAGGAGGCAUUCAAUCUGUGUAAAAAGGUAUCCAUGCACAUUUACAACCGUGCCCUAAGGACUAUCAUUCUAAAAGCAAAAAGUGACAAUGAAAUGAAGAAUGACAUUCUCAAUGGAACUCUGCCAGUAACAUUUUUAGUUAAAAAAUAUGCAAAGAAAGGAGAGAUAUAGCCAGAAUUGUUAGCGUUUCUGUGUGAUUGAUGUAACUUAUUGGAUACUUGAUGAACUCUUUUAUAUGAAAAAGUCAAUCUUUGUGACUAUCUAUGUACUUGAUUGAAACAAUGGAUAGAUCUCAAAAUGAUAAUGCAUGGAUCUCGAUAAUAAAGUCUGUGAGAAAAUCAGUCUUUUGUUGGAAUGAUUUAGCAAAUGUAGGUUCACUUUGGCAGGAUUGCUAGAUGUAGAAUAGUGUUUGGUUUGUCAGAAGAUUA